CAAAGAGAAAAAAGACUAGUUCCACAUUGACUGACACGUAAAUAAUUGUCAAAAUGCAUAUAUAAAGCAUAUGCAUAUACUAUAUAUAUACAUAUUUGUAUGAUGAUUAAGCAUUAGUGCAUUUUAGAAACAUAAAAAUGACAAGUAAUUUUCACUUUCCAUGAUUUCCGAUUUUUGCUAGGCAAUUCAACAAAUUUUCUGUGUUUUGAGGCCUUCUUUCUUGGAGGAAGUUUUCAAGAAUCUGACUUGUUGGAGCAAUUUUCUGGUUUUCAGAUGCUUUUGCAGAUAUAGAAAGAAUCUGUUAAUUUCAAGAUGAAUACUUUUAUGGAAGAAGAAGAGAAGUGGUUAGAUUCUAAAUUUUGGCAUGCUUGUGCUGGUAAUAUGGUAGAAAUGCCUGCAGUUAAUUCAAUAGUGUUCUACUUUCCUCAAGGACACGCUGAGCACGCGUGUGGAAAUGUGGAAUUUAGGAGUGAUAUUAGGAUUCCAUCAUAUAUUCCUUGUAGAGUUUCGGGUAUUAAAUACAUGGCAGAUCAAGAAAAUGAUGAGGUUUUUGCCAAAAUUAGGUUGACACCUGUUAGUAGUAAUGAGGUUGAAAAUGUUGAUGAUGGGGUGGUUGCGAAAAGCGGGUUGGAUAAUGAUCAGGAAAAACCCACUUCAUUCGCAAAGACAUUAACGCAAUCAGAUGCGAAUAAUGGUGGGGGGUUUUCUGUUCCAAGGUAUUGUGCAGAUACGAUCUUUCCUCGUUUGGACCACUCUGCAGAUCCUCCUGUCCAGACCUUAUUAGCGAAGGAUGUUCACGGGAAGACAUGGAAAUUCAGGCAUAUUUACCGAGGGACACCUAGGCGUCAUCUUUUAACUACCGGUUGGACUACUUUUGUGAAUUCAAAAAAGCUCGUUGCGGGGGAUUCCAUUGUGUUCCUGAGGGCUGAAAAUGGGGAUGUUUGUGUGGGCAUCCGCCGAGUAAAGAAAGGAAUUGCAGGUGGACAUGAUACUUCUUUUGUGGUACCAUACGGAGGGUUUUCCGCUUUUCUCAGGCAUGAUGAGAACAAAUUAAUGAAGAGGGGAAAAGUGAAGGCGGAAUCAGUUAUUGAAGCUGCAAAUCUUGCAGCUAGUGGACAGCCCUUUGAGGUUACUUUCUACCCCCGCGCUAGCACUCCAGAGUUCUUUGUGAAGGCCUCGCGUGUGGAGGCGGCAUCGCAGAUCUGUUGGUGCUCGGGGAUGAGGUUCAAGAUGGCGUUCGAAAAUGAAGACUCAACGAUGAGCUGGUUCAUGGGAACUAUAUGUUCUGUUCAGGUUGCUGAUCCCAUUCGAUGGCCAGAUUCACCCUGGCGGCUUCUUCAGGUGACAUGGGACGAGCCAGAUCUGCUUCAACAUGUAAAGUGUGUCAACCCAUGGCUUGUGGAAUUAGUCUCGGACAUGCCCACCGUCCACUUUUCUCCCCUCUCACCCUCACAGAAGAAACCUCGAUUACUUCAACGUUCAGAUUUUCCUCUUGAUGGUCAUCUUCCUAUGCCGGGUUCUCCCGGCAACCACCUUCUUAGUCCCAAUAUCCCCUUUGGUUGUCUUCCCAACGACACCCCUGCUGGCAUGCAGGGAGCCAGGCAUACCCAAUAUGGUUUCUCAUUAUCAAAUCUCCACCUCAAUAAACUGCACUCAAGUCCGUUUCCUGUCAGUUUUCCACCACUUGAUCAUGCUGCUGCAACCCCUAGUCCCUCCAAUAGUACAUUAAUUCCCAAGCCAAGUAGCAGCAAUGAUAUGUCUUGUUUACUAACACUUGGAAGUUCUACUGAAACAGUGACCAAAUCUGAUUGUGACAAAGCACCACAACUUGUACUCUUUGGUCAACCCAUAUUUACUGAACAACAGAUCUCUCUAAGCAGCUCAGGAGAUACGGUUUCUCCUGUUUGUGCAAGGACUAGUUCUUCAGAUGGGAAUGCAGAUAAAAUAGGGAGCAUAUCUGAUGAAUCAGGUUCUACAUUUGAUCACCGUGGUCUAUCUGAGCAAAAUGUAGAGAUUGGACAGUGUAAAGUUUUCAUAGAAUCAGAAGAUGUAGGACAAACAUUGGAUUUAUCAGUGCUGGGAUCGUACGAGGAGUUAUACAAGAAGUUGUCCAAUAUGUUUGGCAUUGAAAUCUCAGAGAUGCUUAAUCGUGUGCUUUACCGAGAUAUUACUGGUGCGGUGAAGCAACUUGGUAAUGAACCAUUUAGUGAUUUUGUGAAAACAGCACGAAGGUUAACACUUUUAACGGAUACAAGCAGUGUAGGAGCGCUAGGGAGCAGAGCGAACCAGUAAAAUCUCCAUUUUGAUAUCGAACUGUAGAGCGCUAGGGAUGACUCUAUUCCUGCACUUUGGUCUUGGAAAUAUCGAGUAGUAGAAGCUCAAACUGUUGAAUGAUUCUGCAACUUUUUAGCUCUAAUCUUGGACAGUAUGUUUACUAGGUUUCGCGAUUGCUUUGAGUUUUGUUUUCAGAGAAUACCUACAACGAACAAGAUAAUCUUGCUUUUUGUAGGCUUUGUCUGCUCAUUUCUAGACUUGUUGAUUGAAGCCUUCUGAAAAAGGCUAAAACUUUUAGCGUGUUUGUUAUAGAAAUUCUGUCUCGUUUACAGUCUAUUGCUCUUUUACAGUUCAAAAUUUGA